UACCUUAUCGUUCUCGUUGCUUGGGAACAAGGCGACACGAUUUACGAGAGUAUAAAAGUCUCAACUAGUUUGUUAACAUACUCAAAAGUCUUCUUUAGGGAACCUUGGUUGGUUUGUGAGAAGAUGAACCUCUUUCUUUCGGCAGUAGUUUUUGUGGCUACGGCCUCGGCCUAUGUCAUUCGAGAGGAACAGAACAUCUGCUUCCAUGUAGGCGGGGUAGAAAUUUGUGGAGAUCCAUCCAUUAGUGGCAAAAGAGAGGAACAGAACAUCUGCUUCCACUUAGGCGGAGUCGAGAUUUGUGGAGAUCCAUCCAUUAGUGGCAAAAGAGAUGAACAGAACAUCUGCUUCCACGUAGGCGGAGUCGAGAUUUGUGGAGAUCAAUCCAUUAGUGGCAAAAGAGAUGAACAGAACAUCUGCUUCCACGUAGGCGGAGUCGAGAUUUGUGGAGAUCCAUCCAUUAGUGGCAAAAGAGAUGAAACUGCUACAAAGAGAGAGAAGCAAGAUAUUGGUGAAUGUUAUACAUUUGGUUGUGAGAGAAUUUGCACAUUAGCUGGUACACUGACAAAUAUUUGCUAAAGAGAGAAGAAGGACAAUUCAUUACUUAAAAACAUUGAGUAGAUUUACUUCAUUAAACAAUAAAACUCAAA